UAUAAAUACAGUGAGUGAGAGUGCAUGUGUGGUAAAGAGGCUCAAAGCAGCUAGAGGAGGAGAUAAGAUUGCUGCAAUCUGCAACAACAAGCUGCAAGCAAUGGCAUCGGCAUCUCUCCUCAAGUCAUCUCCUGUCUUUGAUAAAUCCGAGUGGGUGAAGGGCCAGACCCUCCGCCAGCCCUCGUUCUCCGUCGUCCGGUGCCACCCGGCCACCGCCACAUCCGCCCUCACCAUCCGCGCUGGGUCCUAUGCUGAUGAGCUUGUCAAGACAGCGAAAACGGUCGCAUCACCAGGACGUGGGAUUUUGGCCAUGGACGAGUCUAAUGCUACAUGUGGGAAGCGUCUGGCGUCAAUUGGGUUAGAGAACACCGAGGCCAACCGCCAAGCAUACCGUACCCUCCUUGUGACAGCUCCUGGCCUGGGUAAAUACAUCUCUGGAGCUAUCCUGUUUGAGGAAACCCUCUACCAAUCCACCACUGAAGGAAAAAAGAUUGUGGAUAUUCUCGUUGAGCAAAAAAUUGUCCCUGGUAUCAAAGUUGACAAGGGUUUGGUGCCCCUGGCCGGUUCCAACAACGAGUCAUGGUGCCAAGGUCUCGACGGCCUCGCUUCUCGCACAGCUGCUUACUACCAGCAAGGAGCUCGUUUCGCCAAAUGGCGUACCGUUGUGAGCAUUCCCAAUGGCCCAUCUGCCCUGGCAGUGAAGGAAGCAGCCUGGGGUCUUGCCCGCUACGCUGCCAUUUCUCAAGACAAUGGGUUGGUCCCAAUUGUGGAGCCAGAAAUCCUGCUUGAUGGUGAGCACGGCAUUGACAGGACAUUUGAGGUUGCCCUGAAGGUGUGGUCUGAGGUUUUCUUCUACCUUGCUGAGAACAAUGUCCUGUUUGAGGGUAUUCUCCUCAAGCCUAGUAUGGUUACUCCUGGAGCCGAAUGCAAGGACAGGGCCACUCCUCAACAGGUCGCCGACUACACCCUCAAGCUCCUUCACAGAAGAAUCCCCCCAUCCGUGCCUGGAAUCAUGUUUUUGUCUGGUGGCCAAUCUGAGGUUGAAGCAACUUUGAACUUGAAUGCCAUGAACCAAUCUCCAAACCCAUGGCACGUGUCUUUCUCCUAUGCCAGAGCCCUCCAGAACACUUGUCUUAAGACAUGGGGAGGCAGGCCUGAGAACGUCAAGGCAGCUCAGGAGACACUGCUUGUCCGUGCCAACGCCAACUCUCUUGCCCAGCUUGGAAAGUACACUGGUGAAGGAGAGUCAGAAGAGGCCAAGAAAGGCAUGUUCGUCAAGGGCUAUGUCUACUAAUUAAGUUGUUUGUGCCAAACGUAAUAGAUGAUGAUGAUGAUGAUGGAGGAAUGAAAUACUAGUUUCUAUGGAUUGUACUGUGCUUUAUAGCGUGGAAACUAUUUUUGUUCAUGAUUACAUGUACUUUUAGCUACUUAAUAGCCUUCUUAAUGAGAUUAGGUAGUGCAUGUGUUCUUAAA